AUGGCUACGUCUCAUCCCAGCGUCUAUCCCUCGCAUGGCUCUGCCUAUCCAACACACUCUCCUCAAGCCACAGCCGCUGCUGCUUUGUCGGAGCAGCUCCCAUCCUUACAGCAACAGCAGGAAGCGACAUCUAACAAGAAGCGAAAGACGAGUGGUGCGCCUGGCAGCAGGGGAGUCGCUAAUCUUACGCCUGAACAGCUGUCGAAGAAGCGCGCGAACGACCGCGAAGCACAACGCGCGAUAAGAGAACGAACACGCAACACCAUCCAGAAUCUCGAACAGCGCAUUCGCGAACUAGAAUCGCAGCAACCUUUCCAAGAACUACAACGCGCACUUUCAGAACGAGAUAACGCGCUGCGAGAGUGCGAAGACUUGCGACGAAGAUUAGCCGGUGUCGCACAACUAGCAGGCACAUCUGCCGCAGCAGCCGCCUUACAACAACAGCAUGGCGGACAAGCAGGUCCGAUUGCAAGCUUGAAUGGUACGUUCACGAUCGAUGAUCUUAUCGAUCCGGUUUGGCUAAAUCCAGACGGAGCAGAGUUGGCCGCUGUCACAGCACAGCAAGCUCCGCUCCCUCCACACCCGGCAUCGGCAGCCGCUGCCCAUCAGCAACAAGGACAGUAUCCUGGAUAUGCAGACCAUGUUCAUCCGGCGUUGCGAUCACCAAGUUAUGCUACGACGCACGGUAGUCCCGUCAGUCAGGCAUCGCGGCCGGACUCUUCGGCGAGACAUGGGCAGUGGAGUCCUAGUGUGAGUGCAGUGAAUAGCCAGCAAGGUUCCCAGUAUCCCUCGCAUGGCAAUGGCGCGCAUUACGAUAACCAACUUCCUUCUCCAACAGCGCUACUGCAGCAGUCCGGCAAUGGCGAGCGAUUGGGUCUCAACUAUAUCAUGGACAGCAAGGCCUCUCCGCAGAAUUCGCCACCGCUCUACGCCAGGCUUCCGGCCAACAUGCCUCCGGCAUCACCUCUGGACUCGCUACUAAGUGACUUCAUUGCGACCCGGCGACAACUCCUGCAAAGCGGCAAGACAAAACUAGAAGCACUUGGUCCAGAGUAUCCCUCCUUCGCCGCUCUCCACGACCCAAGCAAGAAAAGCAGCUCCCACCCUGUCUCAAAUCUGCUAAUCGACAUUCUUUCGAAGUUCCCGGACAUCUCCGCGCUACCUGAGAAAGUUGCCGUCCUAUACAUCAUGUUCCUGGUCCUCCGCUGGUUCAUCUGCCCUUGCUCGGAUUGCUACGAACGGAUGCCGGAAUGGUGUCGACCCGUUGUGGAGCAACUUGAGCGCCAGCAUCCACAUUGGGUCGACCAUCUGCCUUGGUUAGUAGAAUCGUCGUCCUCGUCGUCUUCGUCGCAUGCAAUUACGGAAACAGCAGCAGCAGCCACGACACCAGAAGAGGAGGAAGAGAUUGAUUUCGCGGAAUUGUUCGGUGAUGAUGUGUCGCCACUAGCUCUUUCGCCAAUCACCACUACUGCUACUGCUGUCGUGGACGAGACGAAUGAGGUCGAAAAUAACGGCGUAGUUGAAUAUCUCACUGACACUUUCUUUAGGCCGUACAUGCGCAAGCAACUUUCCGGCCCGGCGCAGAAGAAAUUUGACGAUUUCUUCGUGCCGUUCACGACGACAUUGAGUCUGAACUGGUCGGCGUCGUCGGAGUCGAAGACGGUGCUUGUGCAGUUGGGAAGUGAGCAAGGGCAGCUGACGAGUGAGUUUGAGCAGCAUUUGAGGAAUUUGAGGAAUUGGUCGCUGGGCACUAGUUUUCAGACGACUUUUCCGGAUUUGGUUAAUGAGGAGGUGAGGAUUUCGGGGCCGGCGGUGUAG